AACACGACCAGGACCAAAACAGAAGGAGGUGUUGGUAUGGAGACACAGCUGUUAAACUAGAAUAGAACACUGUAAUAAACAAGUUGUAUUUUACACUAGAUAAAAACCUGCUGACUGAAAUAUCUGCAUCGCGUGUUACCCGCAGCGCGCGACUUUUUAUCGGGUUAUUCGGCGACAGAUGAGAUUAAUCGGUUAUCUGAUCCAGUCAGUGGAGUCUGCUGUGAGUGUUAGUGACAGCUGUAGGACAGAUAACUCUAUUAAUUGUAGAAUUCAGCUUUAAAUAAACUGUAGAGACGACAAAAGAGUGACAGGAGCCCGACAGAGCUACCUAUCGAUCUGACUAAGCUAUUGAUUAAUCGAUUAUUCGCGAGCGUUUCUGAUAAAACAAAGGCAUGAGGUAACUAACUGUGAGUCACCACCAAUUCGCGUUGAGGAUGUCCGUGCCACAGGUCACCCUGGAGGAGGAGGAGAAGGACAGAGGAAGAAAUGGAGUUUUAGAAGAAUCGCCCAGUCUAAAGACGGAUGCACCUCUGUCCAACCAACUAGGGUUAAACCUGGAGCCUCCUCUGGACCCCCCGGAGACGAGCCCCUCUCCGUCAGGAUUACUGUCUUUACCGUGGGAGGUGGUCGCCAGCAUCGCCUCACAUCUGCCGGCACAAUGCAUUAUUAAUGUUCUGCCACAGGUGUGCCGGGCUCUGGGCGAGGUGGGCGAGGAUACCUCAGCCUGGCAGCUUCGAGCUCAUCGCCUCACAGGCCCCAAAGCCUCCUUCCCUGUUGGACCGAGAGAGCAGUUUGAUUGGCCCACAGCCUGCCUGGAGAUGGAGCAGCUGAUUGAACGCUGGUUGGAGCAAGAGGAGUGGGCUCAGAGGCAGCGGGCACUUCAACAGGAAGAGGCCGAGCGAGAGCAGGAGAUGGACGAGGACAUGGAUGGAGCUGAUGAUGGAGAAGAUGGAGCUAAUAGAGAAGAUGGAGCUCAUGGAGAAGCAGCUGCAAUGAGAAAUGGAGCAGUACGUGAAGCUGCACGAGAGCCAGACGGUGCUGAAGAGGACAUGAGGCCAGACGCAGUCCGAGCAUUUCAGGAGGAUGGAGAGAAUCCUCUCGAAAUACGUAUAGAAGAAGAACAGAGGGAUAAUGAAGAUGAGGGAAUAGAGAAUGGCUUAGCUGAGGGUGGUGAAAACCAUCAAGAUCCACCAGACACUGCUGGACUGGGUGGAGACAGAGAGCAGAACAAUGGCUACCUUGACGAUAUGAUGGAUGAAGGCAUAGAUGAAGGAGAAGUUUCUAAACCUCAGCCUCCUCGAUCUCCCAGUCCUCCCCUUGCUCUGGAGCACAUCACUCUCCCAUCAGGUCACAUCGCAGACGUGAACUCUGUCCUGCUGGUGGGCGGUGAGGGCACGGUGUGUGCCUCUGGCUCUAGGGACCGUAAUGUAAACCUGUGGGACCUGCGGCGGGGCCCCCGGGGCGAGCUGCGGCGUACGCUGUGCGGCCGGGGCCUCUUCAGCACACACCGGGGCUGGGUGUGGUGCCUGGCAGCCAGCGGGUCCCUCCUGGCCUCGGGCUCUUUCGACAGCACGGUGCGGCUGUGGGAUCUGGAGGCCGGUGGGGCCGAGAGGGGCCUGAUCCGGAGCCGAGCCGCGGUACUCUGCCUCUCCUGCCAGAACCACAUGCUGCUGGCUGGGUCACAUGACCAGAAAAUCAGCAUUUAUGACACCAGAGCUGCGGAGCCUCUGGUGAAGAGUCUGGGUCUGCAUGGUGACGCUGUGCUGUGCCUGGCCUCGGAUGAUCAGUACAUUCUGUCUGGCAGUAAAGACAACACAGUGGCAGUGUAUGACUGCAGAGCCGGGCGGCUGCUGAAGAAAAUACAGCUUAAGUCGUACCUGCUGUCUAUGUCGUACAGCGGGCGAGAGGUGUGGGCGGGAGAUAACCACGGACUGGUCCACACCUUCUCUCUGAAUGAAGGAUUGUUUAAAUCUGUAGCCCAGUUUAAUGUGGGACACAGUUCACUGGUGACGGGUGUCCAUCACUCACCGGGCACCCUCUACACAUGCUCCUCUGACCGCACUAUUAAGGUUCACCUCCCCUGUGCACCCCCGAAGACUCUGUGUACACUUCACCAUCAAGCAGGAGUGAAUGGGUUGAGUGUGGAGGCGGGCGUGUUGGCUAUAGCCUCUGGUGAUAUGAAUGUGGAGGUGUGGAGGCCCAGGCAGUGACGGCUCACUACACAGAGAUUCUUCUUCUUGCACCGAAGAUGACACCUGCUAUCUUCUGCCUGAAAACCGUCCGUCCAAUCAGAGGCCUCAGAGCUCUGAGGGAUUGCCUAUGUUCAGUGUGUUAUCUUGUGAUGAUGUAAUCAGAUAAUCUGCCACUACAAAAGUCACUACAUUGAUCUGUUCACCUUCACAUUUCAAAUAGAUCAAUAGAAAAGGAAACGUGUGUUUUAAAUGUAUUCCGAAAUAUUUAUCGUAUCUUUAAACUGCACAUACUUAUAGAUUAAAUAUAACAGUAUGAUUUUACAGAAUCUGCAGUAGUAAAGUUCGCACAGCAGCGUUUGUUUCAGUGUUAAUGUAGCACAUUUCUAUGGCAAGAUAUUUUAACCUGAAUAUAGCUAAUAUCAGAUCUACAGAUCUAAAUAAAUCCAUUCUGAUUAGUCAUGUGUUACUAUUGAUUUAUAUGUUUGUAACUGGUAAAAAAAAAAAAAAAUAUAUAUAUAUAUAUAU